AUCGAAUUCAGUUACCGAGGAAUAUGAUUGAAAACAGUAUGUUUGAAGAAGAGCCUGAUGUGGUUGACUUGGCAAAAGAACCUUGCUUACAUCCCCUGGAGCCUGAUGAAGUGGAAUAUGAACCAAGGAGCUCCCGACUCUUGAUGCGUGGCCUUGGAGAGCACGAAAUGGAUGAUGAUGAAGAGGAUUAUGAGUCAUCAGCAAAAUUACUGGGGAUGUCUUUCAUGAACAGAAGCUCAGGUCUCCGGAAUAACAUGUCUGAUUAUAGACAAAAUCCAAAUGGAUCAUGUUCAGUGCCCUCUACGAGGACCAUGGUGGUUUGCACAGUUGUUCUUGUGAUUGCAGUUUCAUUAAUAAUGGCGAUUUAUCUUCUUCCCAAAUGUACCUUUACCAAAGAAGGCUGCCACAAAAAAAAUCAUACAAUGGAGCUAAUAUACCCUUUGGCAACUAACGGAAAACUAUUUCCAUGGGCAAAAAUUAGACUUCCUCCUGAUGUUGUACCACUGCAUUAUGAUCUUGUCUUGCAGCCGAACCUAACUACCCUGAAAUUUGCAGGCUCUGUAAAGAUACUGGUUAACAUUGUCCAGGUAACUUGGAAGAUUGUACUUCACAGUUCAGGACUUAAUAUCACCAAGGCAACCAUUACUUCAGCAGGAGGGCAUCAAGCAAAGCCAGUUGAAUUCCUGGAAUAUCCAUUGCAUGACCAGAUUGCAGUCAUGGCUCCUGAGGCUCUCCUUGUAGGACAGAAUUAUACUGUCAACAUAGAAUAUUCAUCUAAUUUAUCAGAUACCUAUUAUGGCUUUUACAGAAUUUCUUACAAGGAUGAGAAUUCUAAGCAAAGGUGGUUUGCAGCAACUCAGUUUGAACCUGUGGCAGCAAGGUCUGCUUUUCCAUGCUUUGAUGAACCAGCAUUUAAAGCUACUUUUUUAAUCAAGAUCAAAAGAGAUGAGAAACUUUCCACUCUGUCCAAUAUGCCAAAG